AUGGUACCGAUGAUAACGAUCUCGCACGUGGCUAUGACAUCCUCGUCUUUCCUCAUCGUAUGCGCAUCAUUUGAACGUUACUGUCUUACCGUCAAUUCUCCAUUUCUUCCAUUCGCUCAAAAUAAUCGCAAGCUGAUAGCUGGUUUUGCAAUUCUCCUUGGAGUCAUCAGCAAAGGUACGAUGUGCUUGGAAUUCGAGUUCGAGGAUAUUCCCGAAUGCGAAGGGCUGAUCACUCAAACUCAAAUGCGUUACCCAGAUUUCGUAUUCGAAACACCGUAUCAUAUUGUCUGGCGCUUUUGGUACCGUAAUUUUGUGACAGUUUUUGCGCCAUUCUUCAUUCUGGCUUAUUUCAAUAUACGUAUUGUAAAGGCAUUAACAAAACACACGAAAAUGACCGUAUGUCAACUAGCCGGUAACGCCUUGGUUGAGCAGGCAAAACGCAAG